UCUAAGGCAUGAGGGCCAGGCAGGAAGCAUCCGUUUCCUCAAAGCUGCUUCCCUACUGGGACAGAGUCUCAGUCACAAACAACUACCACCACCCCACCCCUCCCUUUCUUCCCUUACUGCUGUGAGCUCAGAACAACCGGACAAAAGUGUAUGGGACAAGGAGAGGAGCCGAGAGCAGCCAUGGGCUCUGGAGGAACGGGCCUCCUGGGGACGGAGUGGCCUCUGCCUCUGCUGCUGCUUUUCAUCAUGGGAGGUGAGGCUCUGGAUUCUCCACCCCAGAUCCUAGUUCACCCCCAGGACCAGCUACUUCAGGGCUCUGGCCCAGCCAAGAUGAGGUGCAGAUCAUCCGGCCAACCACCUCCCACUAUCCGCUGGCUGCUGAAUGGGCAGCCCCUCAGCAUGGCCACCCCAGACCUACAUUACCUUUUGCCGGAUGGGACCCUCCUGUUACAUCGGCCCUCUGUCCAGGGACGGCCACAAGAUGACCAGAACAUCCUCUCAGCAAUCCUGGGUGUCUACACAUGUGAGGCCAGCAACCGGCUGGGCACAGCAGUGAGCCGGGGUGCUAGGCUGUCUGUGGCUGUCCUCCAGGAGGACUUCCAGAUCCAACCUCGGGACACAGUGGCCGUGGUGGGAGAGAGCUUGGUUCUUGAGUGUGGUCCUCCCUGGGGCUACCCAAAACCCUCGGUCUCAUGGUGGAAAGACGGGAAACCCCUGGUCCUCCAGCCAGGGAGGCGCACAGUAUCUGGGGAUUCCCUGAUGGUGUCAAGAGCAGAGAAGAAUGACUCGGGGACCUAUAUGUGUAUGGCCACCAACAAUGCUGGGCAACGGGAGAGCCGAGCAGCCAGGGUGUCUAUCCAGGAAUCCCAGGACCACAAGGAACAUCUAGAGCUUCUGGCUGUUCGCAUUCAGCUGGAAAAUGUGACCCUGCUAAACCCCGAACCUGUAAAAGGUCCCAAGCCUGGGCCAUCCGUGUGGCUCAGCUGGAAGGUGAGCGGCCCUGCUGCACCUGCUGAGUCAUACACAGCUCUGUUCAGGACUCAGAGGUCCCCCAGGGACCAAGGAUCUCCAUGGACAGAGGUGCUGCUGCGUGGCUUGCAGAGUGCAAAGCUUGGGGGUCUCCACUGGGGCCAAGACUAUGAAUUCAAAGUGAGACCGUCCUCCGGCCGGGCUCGAGGCCCUGACAGCAAUGUGUUGCUCCUGAGGCUGCCUGAACAGGUGCCCAGUGCCCCACCUCAAGGAGUGACCUUAAGAUCUGGCAACGGUAGUGUCUUUGUGAGUUGGGCUCCACCACCUGCUGAAAGCCAUAAUGGUGUCAUCCGUGGUUACCAGGUCUGGAGCCUGGGCAAUGCCUCAUUGCCUGCUGCCAACUGGACCGUAGUGGGUGAACAGACCCAGCUGGAGAUCGCCACACGACUGCCAGGCUCCUAUUGUGUGCAAGUGGCUGCAGUCACUGGAGCUGGUGCUGGAGAACUCAGUACCCCUGUCUGCCUCCUUUUAGGUGAGGGAAAGGCUCUCUCCAUAUCCUCCACUCCACCCCCAUGCCGUCCUUCUGUUUCCCAGUUCCUGUCUUACAUUUUCAGCUCCUCUCUCUCCUGUCUGUUGGUCCCCCUCACUGUCCCACUUGCCCUCCCUCUGAGCUCCACAUCCCAAACAGAGCAGGCCAUGGAGCAAUCAGCACGAGACCCCAGGAAACAUGUUCCCUGGACCCUGGAACAGCUGAGGGCCACCUUGAGACGACCAGAAGUCAUUGCCAGUAGUGCUGUCCUACUCUGGUUGCUGCUACUAGGCAUUACUGUGUGUAUCUACAGACGACGCAAAGCUGGGGUGCACCUGGGCCCAGGUCUGUACAGAUACACCAGCGAGGACGCCAUUCUAAAACACAGGAUGGACCACAGUGACUCCCCAUGGCUGGCAGACACCUGGCGUUCCACCUCUGGCUCUCGAGACCUGAGCAGCAGCAGCAGCCUUAGUAGUCGGCUGGGAUUGGACCCUCGGGACCCACUAGAGGGCAGGCGCUCCUUGAUCUCCUGGGACCCUCGGAGCCCCGGUGUACCCCUGCUUCCAGACACGAGCACGUUUUACGGCUCCCUCAUUGCAGAGCAGCCUUCCAGCCCUCCAGUCCGGCCAAGCCCCAAGACACCAGCUGCUAGGCGCUUUCCAUCCAAGUUGGCUGGAACCUCCAGCCCCUGGGCUAGCUCAGAUAGUCUCUGCAGCCGCAGGGGACUCUGUUCCCCACGCAUGUCUCUGACCCCUACAGAGGCUUGGAAGGCCAAAAAGAAGCAGGAAUUGCACCAAGCUAACAGCUCCCCACUGCUCCGGGGCAGCCACCCCAUGGAAAUCUGGGCCUGGGAGUUGGGAAGCAGAGCCUCCAAGAACCUUUCUCAAAGCCCAGGUCCAAACUCUGGUUCCCCAGGAGAAGCGCCCCGAGCCGUGGUAUCCUGGCGUGCUGUGGGACCACAACUUCACCGCAACUCCAGUGAGCUGGCAUCUCGUCCACUCCCUCCAACACCCCUUUCUCUUCGUGGAGCUUCCAGUCAUGACCCACAGAGCCAGUGUGUGGAGAAGCUCCAAGCUCCCUCCUCUGACCCACUGCCAGCAGCCCCUCUCUCCGUCCUCAACUCUUCCAGACCUUCCAGCCCCCAGGCCUCUUUCCUCUCCUGUCCUAGCCCAUCCUCCAGCAACCUGUCCAGCUCCUCGCUGUCAUCCUUAGAGGAGGAGGAGGAUCAGGACAGCGUGCUCACCCCCGAGGAGGUAGCCCUGUGUCUGGAGCUCAGUGAUGGGGAGGAGACACCCACGAACAGUGUAUCUCCUAUGCCAAGAGCUCCUUCCCCGCCAACAACCUAUGGCUAUAUCAGCAUACCAACCUGCUCAGGACUGGCAGACAUGGGCAGAGCUGGCGGGGGCGUGGGGUCUGAGGUUGGGAACUUACUGUAUCCACCUCGGCCCUGCCCCACCCCUACACCCAGCGAGGGCUCCCUGGCCAAUGGUUGGGGCUCAGCUUCUGAGGACAAUGUCCCCAGCGCCAGGGCCAGCCUGGUUAGCUCUUCUGAUGGCUCCUUCCUCGCUGAUACUCACUUUGCUCGUGCCCUGGCAGUGGCUGUGGAUAGCUUUGGCCUCAGUCUGGAUCCCAGGGAAGCUGACUGUGUCUUCACUGAUGCCUCAUCACCUCCCUCCCCUCGGGGUGAUCUCUCCCUGACCCGAAGCUUCUCUCUGCCUUUGUGGGAGUGGAGGCCAGACUGGUUGGAAGAUGCUGAGAUCAGCCACACCCAGAGGCUGGGGAGGGGGCUGCCUCCCUGGCCUCCUGAUUCUAGGGCCUCUUCCCAGCGAAGUUGGCUAACUGGUGCUGUGCCCAAGGCUGGUGAUUCCUCCUGAAUUGUCCCUGAGAAGGCCAGAAGAGCACCCAGACCACUCUCCUGUCUGUCCCCUGGCUUUCUCACAUGUGGAGGUCUUGGCCUAUGCUUCUCUGUAAUAGAAGUCCACCGUCACUAGGCUUCUGGAGAGCUCUGUCAUUGGGAUUGUUAAAAUAAAUGAAAGCAAACCAAAAUAUGAUCACGGGAGUCUUGGAUUCCCACUGAGAACAAGACAGCAUCUUCAGGACAGCAGACUCUCCACAACCAGAACCUUUGGCCUAAGUAAGCCUGGCUCCGGAGCUCCCACCUAAGUGGAUCAUGGAAAGAAGGGAAGCCAACCAGGUCUUCAGGAAGGACAGAAAUGUUUUUUGGUGAGGGCUAUGGUGGAGGACCUGUGGAAGAGCCCUCUCAUAUCUACUUGGACUCCUCCCUUAGAGGCCAGCUCAACCCUUUCCCCAGUCACACCAUGCAAGGAAACUAAAGGAGAAAGGUCGUGGAUGCAGUGGGCCCUAUACAGCGUCACAGUCAAUGCUUCAAAGUGAGAUCAAUGGAGGAGACUGAAGGAAAGGACGCAGGGAAACAGGGAACCAAUGCGCUAUUCUCAUUCUACCGCCACUCUGAGCUUAAGGAACUUAAUUCUAUAAAACUGUAAAGACGA